UAUUUCCAGAAUCUGUGUACAGUGUAUUCUUUUUAAUUCUUUUGCGGCUAUGGUUGUGAAUGUACAUUUUAAUUGAGCUAUGACCAUGUAUGAAGCGCUCGACAUUGGUGCACACGACGAUGCAGCUCAGGCACUGCUAGAGCUGGAGCCUUGUCCAUAUUGCAACCGGAAAUUCAACAAACUUUCUCGUCACGCGAAAGUGUGCAAGAAAGUUUCCAAGAAAUCACGCCCUGUGUUCGAUUCAGCGAAGCAACGAUUGAGCGGAAUUAGCGAGCAAGACAAGUGUCUGGUCAACCCUGUCAGUCCGGUGCCUCUCAAAGUUGAAGCCCCGAAAGACGUUCCUCUUUCUCAACUUCCCCAAGAGCGCAUUUGGAAUAGAACCAAAAGUUAUGUGAUGGGAUUAAAGGAUCGAUUUAUCAACCCGAAGGCGAAAACACGCUCCAAUAGAAUCAGUUUGGAAAAUGAGCCCCCACGUGCGAAAUCAGAGGCUGCGGUCAUUGGGAGAGUCCCGGUGAACUACGUUCAGUGCCCAUCUUGUGAUCGCUGGUUUGGGCCUAAAGCUGCAGAUCGCCACAUAGACUGGUGUACCUCGAAACUAUUCCAUGUCCCCGCUGGCAAUGUGCCAUCUGUUGUUGAGAAGAAGCGAUGGGAGAAUAGAGUGAACUACAAAGCACCGAUACCCGGAAAAGCUCGAUUGGAAACGCGACAAAAGUUCGGGUAUUCGCCGAACCCAUUGCGCAUUGCGCGUGGUUUCUCUCCUCCGAAGCCAGAAAGCGGUCUGUUUGAGCGAACAGGUCCACGAAGGACGAGCUUGCGUGGGCGACGAUUUGGUGAGAGCGAGGAUCCUCUUGCUUACGCGCUUGGUCGCCAGGAAUUACCACCAAAAAAGCAGCCAGUCAGGAGGUUCCUGUCCAGCUCCGCGUAUCGAGCUGAACCAGAUGGCAUUGACCAAGCGGCUCUCGCGAAAUCCAUGAAAAUUAUCCGUCGAAUUUCUUCUCUUCUUUGUUGUACAUGCAACAUGUCAAUGCGAAGCAGGUCGAAAGGCAAGUCUGGUGUUUUAAGAAAGAAAAUGUCGCGCACAAAAAUACAUCCAUCGAGUGAUCCACAUCCUGCCGUUGCUGCGCAACAAGUGAUGGACAAAAUGAGCACCGUGGAAGAAGAAGAAGAGGAAGAGGUGCAAGCUGAAGUGAAAGUUAAUUCUUCUUUGAAUAAGUCAUCCAAGCCUCAAAGGACUCUCAAGUCUUCACUAAAAGCUAGGAGGAAUAGAUCUGAGUCAGGAAUAAGUUCAUCAUCUUCGUCAAGCUCUUCAAGAAGUAGUAAGGAAAGGAAAGGUGUACAAACUUGUGAUGCAAGUGUGCAAGUUGCGAUGGUUGGGCCAGCUUGGAAAUCCAUGCCAGAAUUGGCAAAAAUUGGGCCUUUCAUUGUGGCUACAUUGACAAGGGACGGCUAUGAGGUUCAUCGGAGUCUGUUGCAUGAAAAUGCUGCUCGCCAGCUGGAGGAAUUGCUGAUGUCAUCGUCCACGACAUCUCUCGGGGAUUUAUCGUUGCCAGGUACCCCUCUGAUGUCGCGUAGCUUGGGAUCCGAUUCCUUCGGCUUUCGUCCUUCUUCUGGAAGGUCCAAGAUCCCACGACGCUCGCCAUCUCCGGUAACCCAAGCGUCUGAUGAAUUUCUCCUCAAUGAGUUGAUGGCGUCUGAUCUCUUGUCUCUACCUACGACUAAAAAUGGGAUGCGAAAAUCGACCUGUCCUCCUCCAUCGUUACAAGAGAUGCUUUAUGGGGGCAUUAAGAACGGUAGCAAUCAACCAACAGAGAAGGAACCCAAGAGUGAUGAUAUUUUUGAUUCCUCGGGACCAUUUUCUACUGCGAUUACAAACUUCGAUUUGCCGAAGGAGAGAAAAUCGGAGGAAGUGCCGCAAGACAUCGGGUUAUCAAAAACGGAGACUGGAUUCAAUCCCGCCCCAAUCAAGCAUUUCUCCGACCUUCCGAAUAGAGAGUCCAAGCCUAAAUUUGAGUCGAGGCUUUUUCCUCUUUCCACAACCAAAACGCCAAAGCUUUUAAGUGGAAUGCUUAACCGGAAUAAUGCCCGAAUCCUCGGGAAAUCAGGUAGUGGAGAAUCCGAUGACGAUGUCAUUUCGGCAUCGCACAGCGUCGUGACCAAUAUUGCCUCCGAAAUGGGAUCAUUGGCACUCUUUGAUACUCCUACUCAAAAUAGCAGCGUAACUGGAGCCACAAUGCCACAUUUUUGCCAUGAGUGCGGUGCCAAGUAUCCUGUGUCUUCAGCCAAAUUUUGCUGCAAUUGUGGCACUCGUCGGUCCUGCCUGAAUAAAUUUCAAAUGAAUGAGGAACAAUCGACCGAUGCCGGAGUUUUGAAGGCAUUGAAAUCGAAUCCGUCCAUUGAUUGUGCAUCCAGGGAAAUGUGUGUGCUCGAACCAGAACUGGUCCCAACUUGCAUACUUCGACUGAUCGAUCCCCCGAUCGCGUCCAGAAGCCGGAUCGAAGUGGUGGAGAAAAUCCCGUUCCCGGCUUUGACCGUUUGUCCCGACUACCAUUACAAGUUCAACAAAACAGUGGUUCAGGCUCACGGACUCAACAUCAGCAGGAGCGAGGACAUGGUCAACAACGUGGACAUUUGGAGGAACUUUUCGUGGGAUACAGUUUCUUUGCAAGAUUUCUGGAUCCAAGCCACUUCCGGUCCGCGUGACCUGGUCCUCAGAGUGAUGCUGAACAAUACUUCAAUUUACGUGGGUGCUGCUGGCAACGAAUACCUUGAUCCGUCCAAUGAGAUGACGCCCAUAAUCGGUAAACUGACUGAGAAUAAGGGAGGAAUAAAACCAGGUCACUAUGUGACGGAAUGUAGGGCAUGUGGCAAAGUUCAGAUAGGAAACAGUGUGAGUGGCUACCAAGGAGAGCAAAAGGCUUUACCUCCCCCGAGAGGGAGAAGACUAAUGCUCUCUUUACCAGCUGACAGUGGGCUUCCUCGCGUGACUAGGGGAUCCCGAGAUGGUAGAUCCCCGAGUCGCAGCAAAAGUCCCGAUUCUCGAUUGUCGAGCCCUGGCCAAGCAAGGGGCCAGGGAAAGGGCCAACGAGGCAAGGGACGCAAGGGAGCUAGAUCUCCCUCCAGCAGUCACUCAGUGCACACGGAUAGAAGUAUCCAUGUACAAUUCACCUCCAAGGAGCAGCUAGAUGGCCUGCAAAUCAAAGGGAUCAAGGAAGUCACAGGCAACGAGUUGGGAAACGACUGUUGA